CGCAGGACGCCGAGCCGCGUGGAGCGCCCCCCGCCGCGGCCGCACUUGCUGUCGCCGACCGCGCCGCGCGCCGCGGACCGCACGAGGACGACGACGGGCGCGACGACCACGAGGACGAGGACGAGGACGAGGACGGCCGUGGGAUGACGCACUCGCCACACGAUGGCGGGGGGGAAGGCGGAGGAGUGCGGCUCGCAGGUGGAUCGUCGCGCCGAAUCGCCCGCGCAGGACAAGCAGGUGGUGCAGCUGCUGGCGCCGCCGGGCGGGAAGGCGGCGGAGGCGGCGGCGACCGCGGGGGCGGGCGCGGGGGCGGAGCGCCUGGUGGCCAAGACGCGCCCGGCCGUGGGCGGCGCGGGCGACGAGGGCGACGCGGACGAGGCGACCGCAAGCGGCCCCGCCCCGCCCCCCGACGGCGGCUGGGGGUGGGUGGUGGUGUUCGCCUCCUUCAUGAUCCACAUCGUCAACGACGGAGUGACGUAUUCGUUCGGCAUCUUCUACGACGCCCUCAUCACCUACUUCGAAAGCGGUCGGGGAGAGACCGCGUGGAUCCUGUCCAUUUUGGUGGGCGUCACGCUGUGUUCCGGCCCCAUCUCCAGCUCGUUCGUGAACAGAUAUGGCUGCCGACCCGUCACCAUCGCCGGCGCCAUCUUGGGUUCCAUUUCGCUUGCGCUGAGCGUCUUCGCCACCAACGUGCAGACGCUGUACCUCACCAUCGGCCUCGGCACUGGGCUGGGCUUCGGCCUGGUGUACCUGCCGGCGAUC